AUGAUGGCUCCACAGCAGAUCCUCAGUCCACAACAACUACACACACUACUGCAACACAAACAACAGGCUCUGAUGCUACACCAGGGCAGCAGUCCUCAGUGGGUGUUCCAGCAGCUCCUCCAGCUCCAGCAGCAGCACAUGGUCCCAGUGCAGCGAGACCAGGCCCCAGUCCUUACACCAGGUGAGUCCCAGUCCUCACACCAGGUCUGUCCCAGUCCUCACACCAGGUCUGUCCCAGUCCUCACACCAGGUCUGUCCCAGUCCUCACACCAGAUCUGUCCCAGUCCUCACACCAGAUCUGUCCCAGUCCUCACACCAGGUCUGUCCCAGUCCUCACACCAGGUGAGUCCCAGUCCUCACACCAGGUCUGUCCCAGUCCUCACACCAGAUCUGUCCCAGUCCUCACACCAGAUCUGUCCCAGUCCUCACACCAGGUCUGUCCCAGUCCUCACACCAGGUCUGUCCCAGUCCUCACACCAGAUCUGUCCCAGUCCUCACACCAGGUCUGUCCCAGUCCUCACACCAGGUCUGUCCCAGUCCUCACACCAGGUCUGUCCCAGUCCUCACACCAGGUCUGUCCCAGUCCUCACACCAGGUCUGUCCCAGUCCUCACACCAGGUCUGUCCCAGUCCUCACACCAGGUCUGUCCCAGUCCUCACACCAGGUCUGUCCCAGUCCUCACACCAGAUCUGA